GGAUCCGGAGCAAGUCGGAUCUCUCCUCAAUCCGGAGUCUUCUACGUUCCCUGUUCCGACCGGGAGAAUAAUGCAGACGACAGAGAAAACAAAAACACGAAAAGAAAAUUUAAGAAGCAGAGAUCUUCUGUUGCUGCUGCCGUCUGAAAUCGAGAGGGAAGAGUCGGUGGCGAAGAACAAGAGGAAGAAAAGAUGAUGUCCGGGAAGUAUACCAGCUUAGAAAAUCACCAAGUCUCGGGUUCCGUACCGGCCGUUACAGAUCAAGGCCACACCACCGGCAAAUUCUCAGACGCUAACCUUCAAAUCUUUGUUCCAUCAGGAGCACAAGGGAAGAUUCCUGCCGGUUCUCAUCCUCCUCGUGAUGCUGAUGAUACAUUUUCGAGACCUGCAGGUGGUUCUGAUGAACCACCCGAGUCAGGUGGUUGCCUUCGGACAUUUGCUAUUGCUACAUACAAGCCAUACUUUGAUGUUGACACUUCAGAUGUAUUAGACAGGAUUAAGGAGUCACUAUUUCCAUUUAGAGGAAGCUUUACUGAAAAAACAGCUGAAAACCCUGAUCUGUAUGGACCAUUUUGGAUAUGCACCACCCUUAUAUUUGUAGCAGCUUCAAUUGGCACUUUUGUCACCUAUAUAGCACAAAAGCUGCAGAAAAAAGAAUGGAAUUAUGACAUCAAUCUAGUAACAUGGUCUGCUGGUGUGUUCUAUGGCUAUGUCACUGUUGUUCCUCUUGCAUUGUAUGUAAUCCUCAAAUACUUCUCAGCUCCAUCAGGCCUUGUCCAGCUGUUUUGUCUCUAUGGGUACUCCCUAUUUAUCUUUAUUCCAGCAUUGGUAAGUACUUUGGUUUUCAUAUUCUGUUCUCCCAAGUUUUAGGAAAUUAUUUCCCUCUUGUUUUCUCAUAGUAUCUCACUUUGAUACCCCAAAAUUUUAAUAAAAGAGAGUCCAAGCUUUUUACAGAAUGACAUUAGAAAGAAAGAUGUUUUGCUAAAACACGAUAUUUUUUCCCCAAUAAGUAUUCUCAGAAUUUCCUUCAACUAGCUGAAUUUGGUUACAUGUAACUGUUUGCAGUGUUUAUCAGUUGUGCCCGUGGAAAUUUUCAGAUGGGUAAUUGCAGGUGUAGCAGGGUUCAUGUCAGCAACCUUUGUGGCACUUAACCUCAAAGCCCAUAUCAACUCAGCUGGUGAAAGAUGGUUCUUGAUCGUAGCAGGCAUCUUUCUCUUGCAGCUGGCUUUAUCUAUUGUGCUCAAGCUUUAUUUGUUCACUGUUACGGUAUAAGAAUAAACUAUUCUUUUCACAAGGAAACCUUAACAACUUGUACAUCAGUGAGAAAUGAGUUUUUUGGUCCAUCGUCUUUCUAUCCUCACAAUUCUUCAUCUCAAGCAUAAUUCAGCAAACAAAACAGCAUGUAUGGAUUCAUUUUCUGGUUAAUAUAUAAAGGUUAAACUC